CCUCUAAAUAGCAGAUGAAACACAAAACACGAAAACACUGGAAAGAAAAAGAAAGGGAAAAGAAAUGGCUCUGAAUCUCAUCUUCACCUCACACUCCUCCUCCCCUCUCCUCUCCAAAAACCUCCUCAAUUCCCCAUCCUCAUUUCCAACCCCAAAGUUCCAAUCUUUCUCUCUCCUCUCCCCAAACCCUAAUCCCAAACUCCCCUCCCUCCGCCUACGCGCCUCUCCCUCCGGCGACACCCCCACCGAUGGCGACCGCCCCACGAAGAUUACUGACGAGUGGGGCGAGAAGGCCGACACGGAGCCGGAGCCCCGGUCCAAACUCUCCGAAUCGGACCCUCCGCAGAACGAGGACGAAUGGGGAGGCGGAGGAGAUGGGGUUGUAGAAGUUGGGAAUGGAAGUGCGGCCAAAACUGAGGUUGCCAUCGAGGAGAAGGUGGAUGGUAAGCUCAGUGAGCUCAAGAGGGGUUUGGUGGACACGGUUUAUGGGACUGAAUUCGGGUUCCGGGCCGGGUCCGAGGUGAGAGCGGAGGCUUUAGAGUUCGUUAGCCAGUUGGAGGCGGCGAAUCCCAACCCGGCUCCGACGGAGAAUCCGGGCCUUCUUGAUGGCAACUGGGUUUUGCUGUACACUGCAUCAUCUGAGCUGUUGCCACUACUCGCAGCAGGUGGCACACCGUUGUUGAAGGUAAAUAAAAUAACCCAAGCGAUCAACAGCAGCAGCCUGACUAUUUUGAACUCCACCACGCUGUCUAGCCCUUUUGCUAGUUUCUCGUUCAGUGCAUCUGCUAGCUUUGAAGUUAGAAGUCCGUCAAGAAUCCAGGUGGAAUUCAAGGAAGGCAGCUUUCAGCCUCCGGAGAUUAAGUCAAGCGUUGAUCUCCCUCAAGAAGUGGAAAUCUUUGGGCAGAAAAUCAAUUUAUCACCCGUCCAGCAAACUCUCAAUCCUUUGCAGGAUGCUGUUGCAGGUAUCUCUAGGACCAUUUCUGGUCAGCCACCGCUUAAGGUUCCCGUUCCAGGUGAACGGACCAAGUCUUGGCUUCUUAUUACAUACCUUGAUGAGGAUCUUCGGAUCUCAAGGGGGGAUGGUGGUCUUUUUGUGCUUGCUAGAGAAGGGAGCCCGCUUUUAUAUCAGUAACGUGGUACAUUCAGUUUGGUUGUGUCAUGACUCAUGGAUAUGAGGUCAUAUACAUAUGGUCAAAUUCGUAUAAGGAAAAUGGUGGUAUAUUUAUAUUGUGUGCUUGAAUAUUUUUCAGAUAUGAAAAUGUAUCCCUAUUUUGUAGCUUCCGCUUCCAGUCUGCAUUGCUGAGAAGCCAAUGAUUAAAUGCAGAUUAAGGAAUAGGGUUGGUUGAAUUGCUAUGCAUCAGUUAGAUACAUUUCUUCAA